CCCGUCCGCCCACCCCGGGGGGUCGGGGAGCCGAGGGGAGGCCCCCCUCUCCCCGUCUCCGCGGGAUGGGCCCGUUCCUGGCCGCCUUAUUCCUGGGCCUCGGCCUCCGCGCUUUCGAGAUCGUGGAGAAGGAGAACAUCUUCGAGCAGACCCCCUGCCCGGCCUUCCUGCUGUUCGACAACACGGCCUUCCUGGCGGACAUGAGCUUCGAGCUGCCCUGCCACUGCAAGCCCGAGGAGGUGUCCGCCGUGGUCUGGUACUACCAGGCGCGGCCGGGCAGCCUCCACACCAAGGUGCUGACGGACUUCGACGGGCGGGUGGCCACGGACGCCCGGCUGGUGCGGGCGGGCAGCGACGUGCUGACCCGCUUCAGCAUCCGCCUCUUCAGCCUGGUGGUGUUCCGGGCCCAGCCCGGGGACUCGGGCCUCUACCUGUGCGGCACGCGCCGCGGGGACUACUUCUACGGCUACGACGUGGACGUGCAGAGCAGCCGGGGGCUGGCGGUGGCCUUCAGCGAGCGGGGCCAGCGGCCCCGCGGGGACGAGGUGCGGGGCCCGCUGCGCCUCUUCACCACCUUCUGGGAGUGGACGCGCUGCGACCGGUGCGGCGUGCCCGGGGAGCAGUGGCGGCUCGGCCUGUGCUACCUGCAGGGCUCGGGCCUCUCGGCCCGCUACCGCAAGAGCCUCCCGGACGUGGUGUCGUGCGGGUCCCGCGCGGUGCCCCGGGAGCUGAGGGAGACGGCCCGGGGCCGGCCGCCCGAGCUGGUGAUCCGCCGCUGCCGGGCGCCCUGCCCCACGAAGCCGCCCCGCCGGAGCCGGCCGGGCCUCUCCGACGUCGUCGCCGGGGCGGGCGGCCGGCCCCCGGCCCCCGAGGUGCCCGUGCAGUUCCACCGGCAGCGGCUGGGCCACGGGCUGAUCCUGACGUGCCCCGGGGCCCGGCCGGAGCACGCCGUGGCCUGGGACAAGGGCGGCCUGCGCCUCUACCUCGCCCGCUACCUGGUCGGGGUCAACCGGUCCAUGCGCGUCUUCAUCGACCACGGCCACCAGCUGCACAUCCGCUUCGCCCGGCUGGACGACCGGGGCCUGUACCGCUGCUGGCUCCAGGGCACGCCGGCGGCCGGCUUCCGGCUGGCCGUGGUGUCCGGGGGCCGCCACCGGGCCUCGCUCUCCGACCCGGACACCCGCUACGCCCUGCAGGCCGCGCUCCUCUGCUACCUGCUCAUCACCGCCGUCUUCGUCCUCGUCCACCUCUGCCGCUGCUGCUGCUCCUAUUGUCCCUGCUGCCCCUGGCGGUAGCCCCUCCGCCCCCGGGCCGCCCCUCGC